GGGCGCUGGAUUUGACACUCAACAGCGCUGCGAAGGUGCGUUUUGGAAUGAAGAGGAAGUGGCGACGGUGAGUGCCAACAUGGUUGCUCAUUUGCUUGGAAUUUUAAAGAUUCGUAGUUGAGAAUUUGCUUGGUGAGGUUUAGGAACACGGAGAACAAGGGGCCAUGAAGGAUGGAUGACGCAACAAACACAUACAUUGCAAUAACAUCCGCUCUGUUGCUUGUGCUGCUCUUGCUAACCUUCAUGUUGGCUGGCAUUGUUUGGCAUAAGAGCAGGCAAGCAAAGAAGAAAAGCAUCAAGCGAAGAAAGCCAAAGUUAAAACUAAACAUCAAGGAUGUCCCUAAGACCACGGCCCACCCCCCUUCGGCAGCCUAUCAGAUCUUAUCAGCAAAAGAUCCACCUGAGUUCACAAUCCCUCCCACCCCAACACUGUCAGAUCCAUCGACACCUGAUUCACCAAGGACCCCAAGACAUUUGAUGAAGCAAUUCGAUUCGCCAUUAGGCUCCCCAAUGUCUGACUACGUUGAAACGCCGUUAGGAUCUCCAAACUUAUCACCAAUAGCAACGCCUAGGAACUCUACCACUACUAUGAUGUCUGAUUUAUUGUACAGAAGAUCAGCCUCGGUCCCAAAUGAAGUUUUCUUUUCGAGAGACAAGGCAGGACAAGAGCUGAAUUCUUCAAAUUUAUGGAGAUCAGCAAUUUCAAAAACGGUUGCUGCAUCUUUAUUAAGUCGCCCCCUUAGAGGUAAUAGAAGGAUAUAUGCAUCAAAUGGCAUCAUCAAAUUUUGUUUGAAGUACAAUCCUGCUACAUCAGAGCUUUUCAUAAAGAUUCUGGACCUGUUGGACUUACCAUUAACAAGAGAGAAAGGAGUUUCAUACCCAUAUGUGCAAGUCUUCGUGACAUCUGACGACGAGAAUCAUAAGCAGUUCUUUUACGAGGUUUUGAAUUACUCAAGAGAAAAGACCUGCAAUGUCACUGGGUUGAGCAUGGAUAAAGUUAAAGCAUCAACAUUAAGAUUUGUUGUGCUGGACUAUGAUAAAUUUUCGAGGACUGAGUUUGUUGCUGAUGUGUCUCUGCCCCUUGAGCAUGUCAACUUCGAUGGUCAAGAAGAGUCUAGGCCCCUGUGUAUUGCUUCAAAUGAUGAUCAAAAGGAAAAAGGAGAGCUGUUAGUUUCGCUCUCGUAUCAACCAAACUCAGGACAAGUGUCAGUGAUUGUCUUAAAAGCAAAUGGGCUUCCCGAGGGACCAAAUGGCAGCCGACCAGAUUAUUAUGUGAAAAUCACUUUGCUAAGAGAGGGAGUCAUGACAGACAAAAGGCGAACUAGAGUGUGUAAGAAGUCGAGGUGUCCUGUUUUCAAUGAGAAGCUUGUAUUCCCUGUGGACGAGCAUGGACUAAGGAGCAUUUGCCUCGUCUUCGAUAUGAUGCACCACGAAUCGAGACUGAAGCAAGAUAAAACUGGUAACGUUGUUAUUGGCAACCAUCACCCGCAAAGAGCCAUAACUCCGUUGGAACUCAAACAUUUUCACGAGAUGCUUGAAUCGCCACAGAAACAAAUCGCUGAAUGGCACAAAAUUGUAUGAGUCGACGAUUUUCACGAUAUUACACGUUAGAAAUAUAUUUACCUUUUUAAUAAGCAACCCAGCCCUCAAUUCUUAAGCAACUCAUCGUAGGACCUCAGUUCUCGAGAUUUUAUUGGAAAGUGUUUGAGAUUUCGGUCUUCAACCUCGUAUGUUUGCAUGCAGGGUAAUUCUGCAUCCCUUAAUGGAAAAAUUGUGAAAUAUGGCAUACGUGCCAUUGGAUAACAUUUUUUCUAUAAACGACAUAAUAUAUGAAUAAUGUUGCAACUAAAGACAAGGUUGCAGAUAAACAAAAGCAAGGCAUAACUUUGUUGUGUAGUUGCUUACAGCUUAUUCAAUAACCCCUUCAGUUGCCUAAUUUUUGCGCAACACUUCUCCAGAAUCCAUCAUGGCUGCUUACUCAUAAGUUGCUUUUAUAAAAUGACCUGUACACGAUUGUCAUCUGUGACUUGUACGUUGCAGAGCAAUAUUCGAACGUGAAUAAAUCUAAAUUUCAAACGAUGACUUUACCAUGCGUAUCAUUUUCUACAAAAAUAUUUACCAAAUUAUCUGUAUGUUUUUGUAUCCAGCUUCUUUUGUAUUAGGGUCCUUUUAUAAUAAUUUAAUAUAAAUUCCUUAACUACAUUAUUCCAUCGAUUUGAGAGUUCUAGGCGCCUUAGCUCUUGAAGGACUAGCUUAAACUGUUUAAAACAGAAGCUGUCUCACUUUGUUUGGCGUGAUAAGUAUUUGCUACGUGCUAAUGUGCCUCGCAGGAAAAUACAACUUCUUCAUGUGUUUAGCUGGUCUUUGCACUAAAUCAAUGUCACGGUCUUUGAGUAUCACCCCCUGGUCACCAAAUACUGCUAAGACUGAACCAGUCGACUUCCUUUUGUCCUUUUUUGAGCUCAAGUCUCUCUAGAACUCUCUCUCUAUUUGCUCGGCGAAUUCAUAAUCAAAAUUGCUUCUUUGUGAUUACAAUCGAUCUUUAUUCUAUAAAUAGCAUUUUGUGAAAUACACUUUGUCAAUAGCGGGAUUCGUCAGUAUGAAUAUAUCAACGAUUUUUAAUUUUGCAUGGUAGAAUAAAGCGACAAAUAUUUAUUCUCUCCCUGUUUUCAUUGUAACUAAUAUUGUACAUAAAAAGGAAUUGCUGAAAAUGUGCCAUUUGUCG